AUGGAGGCCGAAACGAGGACCGAAGAGACUAUGGUUGUGGAAAACCAAGAACAGAAGAAGACAAGCGUGUACCAGAUCUAUACCAAUAGCUGGUUCCAGAUCCUAUUAAUCAGUUUUAUUUGCUUCUGUUGUCCUGGUAUGUACAAUGCGCUCACUGGACUUGGAGGCUCCGGACAAGUGAAUCAAACUGUUGCUGCAAAUGCGACCGUCGCUCUCUUAGCAGCAACUGCAGCCACGGCACUAUUUAUUGUUGGUCCAAUUUUCAACCGCGUUGGUCCCCGAGUCUGUCUCCUCCUCGGAGGUUGGGCAUAUCCCUUGUAUUCGGGGAGUCUCCUGUGCUUUAACUCAACAAACAAUGGAGCAUUCGUCAUCGCCUCCGGCGCUAUCCUCGGUGUGGGUGCAUCCUUUUUAUGGGUCGCUCAAGGUGCUAUAAUGACGACUUAUGUGCCCGAAUCACAAAAAGGACGCGCCAUUGCGGUAUUCUGGGUUAUCUUCAACCUUGGCGGUGGUGUUGGCUCUCUUGCCAGUUUUGGAUUGAACUACAACUCGACAAGUGGAACAGUCUCCGAUGGUACUUACAUUGCUCUCUUGAUUCUUAUGGGUAUUGGUUGGUUACUCGGUGUAUUUAUCUGUCCCCCAGCAUCAGUACGGGUUGCCCAGCUACAAUCUACUCCUCCGAAACAAAGCACUUGGAAGGAGACACUCCGCCUCUCAAUCCGAACAAUCGUGGAUUGGCGUGUCCUGUGCAUGCUACCGCUCUUCUACUCGGCCAAUGUCUUCUACUCCUACCAGCAAAAUGUGGUCAACGGCAUGACUUUUGAUAUCCGUUCUCGGUCUCUCAAUGGUGCCCUGUACUGGAUUGCUCAGAUGCUUGGUGGACUGGUCAUCGGCCUUAUUCUCGACCUCCCCGGACUCAGCCGUCCUAUUCGCGCCCGCGUUGCAUGGGUCUUCCUCUUUGCGACCGGGAUGGCCAUCUGGGGUGGUGGAUACGCUUUCCAGAAAUGGUCUUCUGCUCGUAUGGCGCAGGGUCUUAAACAGGAUAUCGAUUACACCGAUAGCCCUACUUCCAUUGGGCCGAUGUUCCUCUACAUCUUCUAUGGUGCAUACGAUGCAUUUUGGCAGUCUUUCUGCUACUGGCUAGUGGGCGCUCGCUCCAACUCGCCAGCUGUGACGGCAAUCCUAGUCGGUGCAUACAAGACUUUCCAGAGUGCUGGUGGUGCUAUGGCCUGGCGCAUCAACGCGUUGGGCAAACCUGCUAUGACUCAGUUUGCCAUGGAUUGGGGAAUGUGCAUGGGAUCUCUGGUUAUUGCGAUUCCUGCAGUCCUGGCUGUCACAUUUACUAGUGACAGCGAUACCGACUCUGUAGUUGCGGCAAAUGAUCUCAUUUCUCCUUCCUCGGACAAGCCAACUGCUGAGUUGAAGGAAUAUUAA